AGCUAGUCUGACAGUCUCUCUCUCUCCCUCCUCUCUCUGUCUCCAUCUCUUCUCUUCCUCACUGGUCCCUUAAGCCUGCUGCAUCACAGGAGCUAUCCAGUGCUGAACAGGAUCGCUUUUAUUUUUUAUUUUUUUAUUUUUCCGGGGGAAGCUGGGGGAGCCAGAGAGUAUCACACAGCAUUGCCGGCAGCCUUGUUGUCCACUGGUUUCCAUUUUCUUUCUUAUCUUAUGUUUUUGGCUCUUGUCUUCAUAUUAACCACAAGGAUUAUCGUCAAGCCAGCUCUGCUUCUGUGCUUCCUCAGAGGGUCUUUUAUUUUCUCUCAUGCGUUUUUCUCAGCGCUGUGUUUUUAUUCAUUGAAACAUGCCCCGCUCAUUUUUGGUAAAGAAGAUCAAGCUUGAUGAUUUCUCUUCAUCCAAUGUGGCCACCUCCAAUCACCAUCACCACCUGGACGACUCGUUCACUUUUACACGCUCCAUCACAGACUCGGUGACCAGCCUUGGGGUUCGUCUCAGUGAGAAUGGAUACAUCCAGGAUUACAUCACGCCAUCUGUAUACCAGGGGGAGAAGAAGAUGGAGCACAAGCUAGCUUCACCAGUGUCAGACCCCCUGUACACCCAGGUGAGCAGCGGAGGGGAGUACUGUGACCCCGACCUGAAGCACCCCGACAGCCCCCAGUCUGGCAUGACCGCCAGCGGCUUCUACACUGGUGAAUCGGAGGCCCUGGCCGAGGGUUACACCAUGGAUGCCUUCUUCAUCUCUGACGGGCGCUCGAGGCGGAAGGGAGAUGGGGAGAGUCGUGGAGGAGGCUCCAGAAGCAGCAGUGCCAAUGCUGGGGCUCAGGAGAGGGGAGCCGGCACGCCUCGCCACACCUGCAACGAGUGCGGCAAGACAUACGCCACCUCCUCCAACCUCAGCAGACACAAGCAGACGCAUCGCAGCCUGGACAGCAAGAUGGCCCGCAAGUGUCCCACUUGUGCUAAAGUGUACGUGUCCAUGCCAGCGCUGGCCAUGCACAUCCUCACCCAUGACCUCAAGCACAAGUGCGAGGUGUGCAACAAAGCCUUCAGCCGGCCGUGGCUGCUUCAAGGUCACAUGCGCUCACACACGGGGGAGAAGCCCUUUGCCUGCGCCCACUGUGGCAAAGCCUUUGCUGACCGUUCAAACCUCCGCGCCCACAUGCAAACACACUCUGCCUUCAAGCACUACAGAUGCAAGCGCUGCAAUAAGACCUUCGCUCUCAAGUCCUACUUGAACAAGCACUAUGAGUCAGCUUGCUUCAAGGGCUCUGCAGACGAAGAUGACUCUGGAUCAGAAAACUAACCACGAGGAAGAAGCAAAAUAUUGAACCCCUGUUGUAGGUUCACAACCAAUAACCCUGUUCACUCUGCCCUCCAUGCCUUUUUUCUUCCCUUUUUUUAGAAAGCAAUAUUUUCACUGAGAUUACGUGAAGAAACUCUAAUGAUUAUGGCAAAGACAAUUUCAGAAGAUGCUGGAUUUUUUUCCCUGCACAGUAGCUAAUCGUCCACAGAAACAUACAAUCAAACAACCUUCCCCCAAAUAGAAACUGUAGAUGAUAGAUGUACACAAUUCAGCAACAUGCUUGCCACGGAUGUGGGAACAUGGAAACACACAAACACAAAGACAUACGUGCACACACACACAAACACAUUCAUGCACGCACGUACGUGCGCAUGCACACACACACACACACACACACACACACACACACACACACACACACACACACACACACACACACAAUAAUAUAUGAGGCCUGGCAUGUGAAUUUUUAUCAAUGACUAAUAUGAUAUUGAUAUCAAUAGUAAUAAUAUUUAGAAUCCUGAUAUUUUAUAGGAAAUAGUAAUGAAAAAAGAAAAAAAAACAUAAAAAAGGACUAACAGUGUUCUUUUGUUUUUUAGAGACAAAAUGACCUCUUGUAUUUUUAUGCUGCUUUUUAUUUGCUAAGAAUUGAAUUCUUUUGCAACUGCCAACAUGAACUUUUUAUGAAAAUGUGAACUAUGACAGUAUUUGCAAAAAAGGGAGAUCAUUUUAAAAGGUAAAAAAACACAAACCCCUUUUCCACACCAGUGUUUCAAUUCAACGGAUGUUAUUUUUCUAUUUGAUUUUUCUAAAUUUAUUUUUUUGUGCUGAUUAUCCCUUCUUAAAUCAAAUGCAUCUUUGUAACUGUGGGUAUUCACAAAAAAGCUCAUUUAAAUAAGCUAUAUAAGGUCAUAGGUCAUCCAAUUCAAUUCUGCAAGAGCAGUGAUUUUAAAAUGUUGGCCUGUUGAACAGGUUAUCACACACGCCGUCUGAUCAAAUUCAUAGUCUCACCCUGAUGUACAGACACUGAGAGCCAGACCAAAUGAUCUGUCGUUAUAAGUGCCAUGUGCGGUUGACUCGUCUAUAGCAAUGAAAACUCUCGUUGUUCUUCCUCCACCAUGGUGGCUUCCAUAAUCUCUAGUCUUUACGAGCAAUUUUCGCCCAGUGUUCGAGGUGCUCCCCCCUCCACCAGUGUUACCUCAGAGUGACGGUAUGGACUCACCCACCCUCAGUUACAAAGUGACAGUCAAAUUUUUCUGUUUGUCUGUUUUAUAUGUCGCUAAAAGCUCCGCCCACAGUUUAGAUGCAUACCAUCUAUUUAUCAUGUAAAUACUUUAUUUAUUUACCUAUUUAACUAUUUAUUUAUUUACCUAAUUUUGUGUAUUUAUUGAAGACUUGCUUAUUUAUCAUGUAUUUAUUUAUUGUUUAUAAUUUAAAAGAAAAAAAAAAAAGAACAUCCAUUGACCUUGUAAGAUGCUGCUGAUUUUCAAAGAAAAUGUUUAUAUGCAUGAAAACUGUAGAGAGUCCAUGGGACUUAGUUUUUUAAAGAGGAACAAUGUACAGUAGCAGUGCUAGUAGACUUCAAAUGAAUGAAUGCAGAACUAUUUUUUGUUUUUGUGGCAAUAACUUUAACUGACAUAGCAAUUGACAUGUAUAACAAUCACAGCUCAACGUAGGGCAAUAAAAUGAAAUAACAGAAAAACAUUAGGAUACUCUUUAUCUCACGGUUUCUCCAAAGUCUGCCUCCUCCUCCUUGUCAUGACUGAAGAUUUUUUGGGACUUUUUGUCUUCAAAUCUCAGGCAAUAAGUAAUUCUCAGAAAUGGCCGACAUAGACAUGGAUGUAGAUGUAAAAACAAAAAUGUAGGUGUAAUUAAGUUACACCAGGUCUGCAAAGGUGGAAAAGCAAUAAUAAUUGUGAGGAAUUAAAUAUGAGCAAUCCUUUAUCCAAAACUGUGCUAAUUCACCUGAAAGCAUUACUGUUAUUCAGAUCAACCUGGUGCGAAAAUAUCUUCUGACAGCUAGAGUAACAGAAUAGCUAGAAGGUUUACAAUAAAUCUAAUUUAAGACACUGACAUAAUAAAGCAAUUAAAUAUAGUUAAAUAAAGUUGCAACUGAUCCCAAAUGUGCCACUUCACUUUGAAAGAAAUCUCUGAGGCAGAAUAAGGCUGGCUGCACGUACAUCUUAACCAGCACUAAUCAAAAUGAUCUUGACAUGAACUGCCUUGGUGGAGAAAGUUUUCAAGACUGUUGCAAUAAAAUGACGCGCUGUAAUGCACUUCCAACUCCCACAUCAUUUGUCCCGCAUCCCUCCCCACCCCAACAGCCGUCCUCAUCCUGUCCCAACUGCCUCUAAACAGACGCAGCGAGGAUGAGAUGUGCUGAAGUGGGAUUGGCGGAGGGUGGCGGAGUGUGGGAGGAUAACAGGUGUUUGCAGACAGACUGCAGAUAGGGAGCGUAAUUGAGUCGGUGAGCGACCUCCAAGGGGAAGGUCAAGCACCAGCAGGCAAAUGCACUGUCAGCUAUUUGCAUAUUCCAAAUGGAUGGCACGAUCACAGUAAUGCUGAGCUCGCCCUUAAUAAAACAAAAACACAAUACUGAGGAGAAAAGAGCGUAACGAUGGGCUUCUGCUCUGUUUGUCCGUCCUCUCCUCCCAGUUUCACCAUCAUCCUGUCAAUGCUCGCCUAACUGCUACAGCUGAAUCACUGCAUGAGAGCAUCCAAACCACCUGUCUCCUGAUUAACUUGCAGAACACACAGUUUGGCACGUGGCUGUAUUAUCAAACUAAUGCAGAGAUCGUUGCUUCCAAAUUAUUCUUUUAUAUGUUUUACUAUUUUACUAUGACAUGUGAGGUAUCCCCAAAACCUUUAAUAAGGCAGAAAGCACUGAGAUAAUUAAAAACAUCGAUUGGAAAUAUAUUGUACCCGUAGGCUUCUAUCUAAAACUGUGAGUAUUACAGCUCAUCCUCAGAGAAAAUACUAAUUACAGAGCAGGAGGCACAAUUUGAUUCCAAACUACUGAUUUAGACGUAGGGAAACAUUGUUCCUCUUUGAUGAUUUUGUAAAUAUAUUUGUAAAUAUAUCACAGCAAUAAUAUGACAAUGCAUGUAGACAUUUAAUUGCUCUUUUUCUAUUCAUGCUGUCUUUUUUAUUUAAAAAAAAAAAGACAAAUACAGGUACCAAUUGCAGUCUGGGUGGCCACGUGAAUCAGGGAGUGUCUUGAUUAAAAAGCUAUCUGUUGUAAGUUACAAACAAAAACUUCAAAACUCUGUGUAUUCUCAAAGAUUUGAUCAUGUUCUGUUUUUCUUUGUAGGUUUUUUUUUUUUGUUGGUUUUUUGUUUGUUUUGUUUUGUUUUCUUCUAUUUAUGUGCCCGGCUUGGCUGCGCAAUGAAAAAGUGCCAAAAAGUAUGAUUUCCAUGACAAAAGCCUUCAACAUAUGGUUGGCUGCUUGAAACCUUCCAUAUGGUCCUCAAAGAAAAAAAAACUGAUUAAGAUUUUCCACUUUCAUUCUCAUUCUCUCUCUCUUUAUCUUCCUUCUCUCUCUCUCUCUCUCUCUCUCUCUCUCUCUCUCUCUCUCUCUCACACUGUUCCAGCUGAGUAUGAAGAAACUUAAGCCAUGAUUGCUGAGGGGUGUUUUGAUUUUAUCUUGUUCUGCUACAAUUAAUAAUGAUGACAACAAUAGCAAUGAUAACGUUAAUAAAAACAAUAGCACAAGGAA